AUGUGCAAUCAAGAGAAGCCCUUCUGGAGUCUGAUUCCACUCAUCAAGAAAGUGUCAAAGAAGUAUUUUUCGCCUUCGAAUCAGCACAGAGGAACCCUUUUCACUCCUGGUUUUUCUGUUGAAAAUCCUGUCUUCGAGUUUAAUGAUUCAAGGGAAGAAGAUGAUGACCAGGGGCAUUUUGGUCAUUUCAAGCAAUCCGAGGGUAGUAUUGGUAACGAAAAGAGGGUGUAUCCGGUUAGACUUGGAAAGUUUAGAGCCACAAAUGUUGGAAAAAGAGAUGAAAAGGAAGUUGGGGAGACAAGUAAUAGCAAUUUUGAUGCAAGAAGAUGUUACUCGAUGGGAUCUUAUGAGUAUGUGGUGGGAAACUCAGAUUUAAGAGUGGCAUUUGUUCCCAAUAGGGGUAGUAGUAGAAGGGGCAGUUUUGGUAAUAAAGAUAAAGAAAAUAGCUCAAUUGAUGGGGGUAAUGAUGGAAAGAAAAUCAGCAAUCGAAGCAAAGGUGAGAGCUUUUCAGUUUCCAAGAUUUGGCUUUGGUCAAAGAGAGAUCAUCAUAAAGGUCAAAUAUCUUCAGGUACCAAUACCCAUAUGGUUAAUUCGUCUGUUAAUGUUAGUUUACCGUUUAGAAAUGCAAAUAAUACUCAUAGUUGA